AUUCUGAAUGUUUCCUUAAAAGCUUAAAAUAAAUAACAGGAUGUUUAUUAAAAUAUUUUUGGCAGUGGCACUGCUUAGUUUUUAGCUUAAUUCAUAUGGGAGAUCUUGGUUUCCUUCAUGCCCAUCACAACCGUAUCUGUGACCCUGGAAUAAAAUAUGCUCAGUGACGUAAUGUGUCAGGUAGGUAAACUAUCCCAGUUUAGCAGUUAGUGAUAUCUUCAGGUGUUUUGAGACGCAAGUAUUUGUAUUUAAAGCAAAGCUUGCUUUCUGACUUGUGUAAUCCUUUAACUGACACAAAUAAAGGUUACUGUAUCUAUGUAACUUUUGUACCUUUUUAUGCAGUUCUAUGAGUAGUAUAAUGCAUCAAAGUUAUUUAAGUAGUAUUUUACUGAUCUUUUGUCUUCCCAUCUGAAUGUAAUUUGACAUGCAAAAAACCUGCAUUUGAAAGUCUGAUCUUAAGUUGUAAGUAGCUAGCUGUCGUAAUUCAUUACCUACCAAGCAAUUUUCAGUAUUUACAGUUCUUAACAAAACGGGUUCCAAGUUACUUGUGGGCUCGUAUAUUCUUGCAGCAAAUUAUAUACACUUUAUAAUUGCUAUUUAUCACCUGUGAUAAUAUGUAUUUAUAUCGUACAAUAUUAAUUAGUUUGAAUUGGCUGGUUUUGUUCUAUAUCUUCGUGUAAGUAGCAGUAUAUUGUCUCCUGAUUUAGCAAGUUAACAGGCAUUGCUAAAAGCCAAAUGGAGCAGACAUGAAUGGUCUUCUGGAAUUGCUAGUCUACAGAAUUUAAGGUACCACACAAGCAAUUUAAAACCUUCCAAGUUCCAACAUAAACUGGUACUCUGCUGCCCUGUUAGGCUAGAAGUGGGGGAACGACUUUACUACAGGUUUAACUUAAGACUAGUUAGGAUCAUUUUAAAAGGAACAUUUAAAACAAUUAGAAUCUAGGUACAGUAAACCCUUGUUAAUGCACAACAUCUUAACUUGCUUAUAUGCUGAUUAAAACACAUAGAUUUCCUUUUUUACCUGUUUUUCAAUGAAUAUUUAAAUAGUACAGCUCUUCAACUUGGUCAUAUAUUACCAAGUGUAUUUUUGCAAAAUCAUUAAUACCUUUCAUAUUGUAUUAUGGGAAUGGCAGUAUGAAGCUAGGCUUUAAGUAAGAUGUUAGGUUGUGGUUUUCUUGUGUUAAUCGUGAAACUGAUUUCAAAAUUUAAAUUCUGAAGUUGAAAGCUGGGAACUUUUUAUAGUCUGGAUGUCUCACUGAAUAAUUUAGAAAUUCAGUUCCUAAUCUUUUAAAACCAACAUUCCCACUAUUGCUAGUUGAUGUCUUAGACAUGGAGUAUGAUUACUGUGUUAUCGCAGAUGGUCAAGUAGUUGUGAAUGAGAACUUCAAGCAUUUGUUACCUUAAAGUAGUGCCUUUGUUUUUCUUGUGGAAAGUGCAUCUUAAGAAAACCGGCAUGUGCUUUCCCUUAAACUACCAAACUUUUAUUUUUGGCGUGAUUAACAGAUACACACCAGAAUUUUGCCAGUACGAAGUCUGAUAGGCUGGGACCAUAGCAGUAUUGAAAUAGAUCGAGUUCAGAGAGACAGGAAUAGUGGCUGGGAGUCCUUCUAGGGCCUUGAUAAAAAAGACUCACUCAGAAAGGAGGGAAAAAAAGGUUUACAAGUGGAUAUGAGAGAUGUAUUUCAAGGUGUACAUAUAUAGGGAUUUUUUUUAUGGCUAUGGUCUUUGUAUGUGAAAAAUAAUGAGCAGUGGGUUCAAAAGGAAGUAGGAAGUGCUGUCACAGGUAAAAGGGAAGGAGAAAAGUACCAAACGAGAAGAAUUUAGAGAAGUGACAACAUGAGAAGAAGAAACGAGGAGGAAAGAGGGAAGACAGCAAUAGUGAAAAUGGCUUUUACGCAAGAAAAAGCAUGAAACACGAUUCUUGGAUAUCCCAGUCAGCUUCCUUCCCUAGGAAUCAGAAGCAACCAGGUGUGGAUUCCUUGUCACCUGUAGCAUCACUUCCUAAACAGAUUUUCCAGCCUUCUGCCCAGCAGCAGCCUUCUAAACAGGUUAAAGUCACAUGUGCAAACUGCAAAAAACCUUUACAAAAGGGACAGACUGCAUAUCAGCGAAAAGGAUCAGCUCACCUUUUUUGUUCUACUACCUGCCUCUCAUCAUUCUCACACAAACCCACUCCAAAGAAACUUUGUGUUAUGUGCAGAAAAGAUAUAACAACAAUGAAAGGUACCAUUGUUGCUCAAGUUGAUUCAAGUGAGUCUUUCCAGGAGUUUUGCAGUACAUCGUGUUUAUCCUUUUAUGAAGAUAAACAGAAUCCCUCAAAAGGAGUUUUGAAUAAAUCAAGAUGCACUAUCUGUGGUAAACUAACUGAGAUUCGUCAUGAAGUUAGCUUUAAAAAUAUGACUCACAAGCUGUGUAGUGACCAUUGCUUCAAUAGAUACAGGAUGGCGAAUGGUUUAAUAAUGAAUUGCUGUGAGCAUUGCGGGGAGUAUUUGCCCAGUAAAGGAGCUGGAAACAAUGUUCUUACUAUUGAUGGUCAGCAGAAAAGAUUCUGUUGUCAGAACUGCGUUGGUGAAUACAAGCAGAAAUAUGGCAAAUUAACAUCCUGUACUGGCUGCAGAGCUCAGUGCAGGUUUUUUGACAUGACUCAGUGCAUAGGACCUAAUGGAUAUAUGGAGCCAUACUGCUCAACUGCAUGCAUGAACACACACAAAUCAAAAUAUGCAAAAUCACAAAGUAUGGGAAUUAUUUGCCACUUUUGUAAACGAAACUCUUUACCUCAGUAUCAAGCCACAAUGCCUGAUGGAAAACUGUACAACUUUUGCAGUUCCAGUUGUGUAGCUAAAUUUCAGACUCUCAGUGUGCAGUCUUCAACAAAUGGUCAGUUUGUCUCUCCCAGUGAUAUUCAGUUGAAAUGUAAUUAUUGCAAAAGUGCUUUUUGUUCAAAGCCAGAAGUACUGGAAUGGGAGAACAAAGUGUAUCAGUUCUGCAGCAGAGCAUGUUCUGAUGAUUAUAAGAAACUGCACUGCAUAGUUACAUACUGUGAAUACUGUCAAGAAGAGAAAACGCUGCAUGAGACGGUGAAUUUCUCUGGCAUCAAAAGACCCUUUUGUAGUGAAGGCUGCAAGCUGCUAUAUAAACAAGACUUUGCAAGACGGUUAGGACUGAGAUGUGUUACUUGUAAUUACUGCUCACAGCUGUGCAAAAAGGGAGCAACUAAGGAACUUGAUGGUGUAGUGAGAGAUUUCUGCAGUGAAGAGUGCUGUAAAAAAUUUCAGGACUGGUACUACAAGGCUGCACGAUGUGACUGUUGUAAGUCUCAAGGAACUCUCAAAGAGAAAGUGCAGUGGCGUGGCGAGAUGAAACACUUUUGUGAUCAGCACUGUUUGCUCCGUUUCUACUGUCAACAGAACGAACCAAAUCUGGCAACCCAAAAAGGACCUGAGAACUUACACUAUGAUCAGGGCUGCCAAACCCCCCGAACAAAAAUAACAGGCUCAGCACCACCACCUUCUCCAACACCUAACAGAGAAAUGAAGAACAAGGCAGUUCUUUGCAAGCCUUUGACAAUGACGAAAGCCACAUACUGCAAACCUCAUAUGCAGACAAAAUCUUGUCAGACAGAAGAUGAUUGGAAAAAAGAGUAUGUCCCAGUGCCUAUUCCUGUACCUGUCUAUGUCCCGGUGCCUAUGAACAUGUAUAGUCAAAAUGUUCCUGUUCCUACAACGGUUCCUGUUCCUGUGCCAGUUCCAGUUUUCUUGCCCACUACUCUGGAUAACAGUGAGAAAAUCCUUGCAGCAAUAGAAGAGCUGAGGGGAAAAGUGCCCUCAAGUCCUCUGGAAACUGAGCUACUGAACUUGUCAGGGGUGGUACCUGAACAUGAUGGAAAAGCUGAAGCCUCUGAUGUGUCCACAGGUGUGAUAGUUGAGUCAAAUCUACUAAACUCAGAAACAGAGGCACGGACAAGCUUGCCUGAUGUUCCAUAUGAACCAGACCUCGAUAUUGAAAUAGACUUUCCAAGAGCGACUGAGGAACUUGAUACAGAAAAUGAGUUUUUGUUACCUCCUGUUUUUGGGGAAGAAUACGAGGAACAGCCAAGGCCUCGGGCCAAAAAGAAGGGGGUGAAGAGGAAAGCGGUGUCAGGGUACCAGUCCCAUGAUGACAGCUCUGAAAACUCAGAGUGUAGUUUUCCAUUCAAAUACGCCUAUGGUGUAAACGCAUGGAAGCACUGGGUAAAGUCUCGGCGUUUAGAUGAAGAGCUUCCAGAAUUAGAGGAACUGAAAUCCACAAAGUCUGUGAAAUUAAAGGAAGAUCUGUUAUCACAUACUUCAGCUGAGUUAAACUAUGGGUUGACACAUUUUGUCAAUGAAAUUCGAAGGCCAAAUGGAGAGAACUAUGCACCUGACAGCAUCUAUUAUCUGUGUCUUGGGAUUCAGGAGUAUUUAUAUGGAAGUAAUCGAAAAGACAACAUAUUUAUUGAUCCAAUCUACCAGACGUUUGAACAGGAAUUAAAUAAAAUCCUUAGAAGUUGGCAGCCAAGCAUACUUCCAGAUGGAUCGAUAUUCUCUCGAGUUGAAGAAGAUUACCUUUGGAGAAUUAAACAGCUAGGAUCACAUUCACCGGUUGCUCUUCUGAAUACUCUGUUCUACUUUAACACUAAAUAUUUUGGCCUGAAAACAGUGGAGCAGCACUUAAGACUUUCUUUUGGCACUGUUUUUAGACAGUGGAAAAAAAAUCCUCUAACAAUGGAAAGCAAAGCUUGUCUUCGAUAUCAAGUGUCUUCCCUGUGCAGAGCUGAUAGUGAAGAUAAAAUUACUACUGGAAAAAGGAAACAUGAAGAUGAUGAACCAGUAUUUGAACAAAUUGAAAACACGUCUGAUCCGGCUAGAUGCCCUGUGAAAAUGUUUGAGUGCUAUCUGUCUAAAAGCCCACAGAAUCUGAAUCAGAGGACAGACAUGUUCUAUCUGCAACCAGAGUGCUCUGUCUCUGCAGAGAGCCCCAUCUGGUACACUGCCACUUCACUGGACCGCAACACUUUGGAAAAUAUGCUCGUACGGGUUCUUUUAGUAAAAGAUAUUUAUGAUAAAGACAAUUAUGAACUGGAUGAAGACAUAGAUUAAAACACACUUCCAAAAACCGUCAAGAAAACAAACAGCAUUAGAUAUAGUCAUGCUGCUAGACCUUUACUAUGGAAAACAUUUCAAGUUUACCCUUUGUUUUAUGAGUUUUGUAGCAGUGUGUACCCUCACCUGGGUAUUACCAUGUAAAUAGUCUGUGAGUGAAAGUUUCCAUUAUUCUGCGUAGUGGUUUUAGGAUACAUAACAAACACAUUUCAGAUUCUUUUUUUAUUAUUUAUUUGAUUAGGUAUGUUUGUAACUUUUUACAUUGCAAAAUAUGAAUGAGAAUGUGCCAUGUGUAAUUUUUUUUUUCCCCUUGUAGUAAGAGACAUCCGUAUUGCACAACUCUGCUGUUGGAAGCUCCCUUGAAAGGAGGCUCUUUUAAUGGGUUCUUAAACCAGAUGGUUGUGUAUGGGUAGCACUACUAAAGUUUAGAAGUUGCUGUGUCUUUCAGAAUUUUUAAAUAAAUUGUAAACUAAUAGGUUUUUUACUUUUUAGUUACUGAAGCCUUAUAAGGUUAUGUAGAGAGAUUCCAUCUUCUGUACCAAAAAUAGACAAAAGAGAAUGCUGUCAAUAUUGGUGUACUGUAAUGUGAAUCUAUUCUGGUGAAAACAUUUUUUUUGUUGCCCUUAUUAAAACCUUAGUGUCC